UCCUUUAGUUCGCAUCAUCAUCAUCUACAUUUUAAUUUUUGUUAUUUACCUCGACCAACGCAUUAGUUGUUGUAAUAUAUACUCGCACGCAUUUAUUUGUCUCUCAAUCUCUAUUUAUUCCUUUGAUUUCCCCGCAUUCUCGAAACAUAUGCAUAUCUACUGUGACCCGCUGGAUAGUGGUAUCGAACAGAAGGAAGUGGCCCUGGAAAGCGGGAUUCAUUUUGCAAAUAAUGCACUUUACAAGCUUUUUCUCACAUCGAGGAUCACUCAUAGUUCUAGGAAAGUCGAUCGGACGACAGUACGACACUGUCGAGAAACAAGCGCAUGCACACGCGUACUACGUCAUUUUUUUCUCAGCAGACGACGUUCUACGUCGUAUACGCCAUUUCUCUGCACUGAAGUUCGAACUGCGGAAACAGCUGAUCAUUAAAUAAGAAUCUUUCUAAAAGCGUGCUCCGAAAUAUACAUACGGUCACACCUGGCAUCCAUAUAGAGAAAAAUAUUUAUGUGAGUAUAAAAGAGAAACAAAGGGAAAACCCGCUCAAAAAUUUCAAUUUGUAGAAGGGGUACAUACGUCGUUCUAUAUAUAUCACACGCACUUAUAGCAUAGUCGUUUUGCGCGCGCAGCCAGGGAGUCGGUCUCUCGCUUCUUCCUGGUUGUUAUUGGCUCUUGGUGGUGCGUAUAAAAAAAAGUGUCAAGACCCGCUAAGUGUACGUAUCGCGUGUGUAUGUACGUGUUCUCAUCGUCUGCGCGUGCACAGUGAAAGAGCGAGGUAAGGAGCCAAAAUAGAACGGUGCGCGCGUAACACGAGCCGCUCUGCCCAAUAUAGUUUGCUCUCUUCGCUCGAUUAUUUUAGAUCCUCGACACUCUCGUGGACGUCGACAGACAUCCAAGUCGUGCCGUAGGAAGAACGUUGCGAGACUAUCUACCUCUUCCGAACGUAACGCAUCGGCGAAUUGUAGCUAUUACUUUCUUAAACCUCGACCCAUCGACAAAAAACUAAGUUUACUCAACUUGCUAUCAGAAGACUAUUUAAGAAGACUAUUUAAGUUAUCUAAACAAAUCAACGGAAACUUCUAUCAAAUAAAACAAUCAUUUAUUCUUCUUUAGAAGAAACUUUCAAGAAAGUAUUGGAGCUUACCGUGAAAGUUGCAGCAUUACCCAGCUUUGAGGUGCAUGUGAAUUCCCACAAUUAAUUUUGGAAUCACUUUGAAUUGUGUUAUUUUAGUAGUUCCAAAAGAGUGUGUCUAAGGGCAAGGCUAGUACAGAAAAUUAUUUGCUCUGUGGGAAUGGUGCCAAUUGGCUGUGUGCUGAAAAAAAUGCAUGCUAACAAGUAAAUCAUUCAGAUUCUUUCUAAUUUGAAUUUGCAUAUAUUGAUACAAUUGAUGAUUGGAUGAUAAAGUUGAAAAAAAAAACUUUUAAUACCCUAGUAUUGACAUAAUUUACAAGUAAAUUUAAUAGUCAAAAUGGAAGUUGAUAGCACAGCAAAUAUUCCUGAUGGAGUUAAAAAAUGUGUUGCCAUGCUGAAAAUGGUGAAUAGCGACUCAGAAAAGUUUGCAGCGCUAUUCAUGGCUACAAAAUUAGUUAGUGGAAAAGACUGCAACUCAGCUGCUAAAAAGCUGCUGUUUGAAGCCAUUGGUUCCAAGUUUAUUAGAAAGUUAUUAAUCAGUGAUGAUGUACCGGUAGACUGUCCACCCCAAGUUUACAAAUCAGUAGCUUUAUCUAUUCUCUCUGCCUUUUGCAACGAUCCAUUACUGGCUUCUCAUCCCGAUAUGGUUGGACAUGUACCUGCUUUGUUGGAAAUAGUAUCUGAAGCUGAUGAAGAUGCUCCAGAUGAUACACUCAUUAUCGUGAGUGAAGCCUACACUUGUCUGCAAAAUAUUGCUCAAUUUCAACCAGGGCAAAAGGCUUUACUAGAACAGAAGGCCAUCCCCAAGAUGUGUGAAAUUUAUGCUGAAAAAAGCUUUAAAACCGAUGAGGCAUUGAAUAUUUUGGUAACUUUAGUCAACCAGUUUGGACCAGAAGCUUGGGAUGCAGACAAUACUGCACCUUUUCAUGCUAUUAUUAAUAAAAUUGCUCUUGAUUUUGAAACAGAUCAUGAUGAAAGAAAAUUCAAACUCUGUUCUAUUUUGCAAGCUCUACUUGCUUCAUGCAGACGCAGUUCAAUUUCAAAAAGUGCAAAAAAUGAAUCUUGGCCUCAGAGCAUCUAUAAAGGCUUGAGUGAUAUUCUUACGUCAAAAAUUGGAAAAAAUCAGAGAGAUCCAGCUCUGAAACUUGCUUCUAUAAUAUUAGAAUUAUUAGGUGUUGAUUGGGCACUUUCUGAUGAAGAGAAGCCCAAAGUUUUCUUCCUGUUGUUAAUACAAUUAGCUUCAAUUGAAGUGAGAAUGCAGCUUGAAGGAAAGCAAUUAAAAGUUGUGAUGGCUAAUGCUGAUCUUGUUGUGGCAUGUUUUAUGAUUUUGGAAAUUUCAUUGUCUUACAUUAUUACAGACCAAUUAGAUAUGGAACAAAAAGAGAAGCAAUCUUUGUAUACAGCACUGAAAGGUGCAUUUGCUGCAGUCGUUGGCUUGUUAACAUUAGUUUCAAAAAUGAAAGAUAUCACAGAUGUCAAGGAACGUAUAUUUGUAUGUGCCAUGGUAAGAGUACUAGCUGCAUGGUUAGCUCAAGAGACCACAGCUAUGAAAUCUCAAGUUCAUGCUAUUUUACCUUAUGUUUUAACCAUUGCAAAUGAUACUUUUUAUGCUCGUCGAAAUAAGAAAUUAGCAGAAAAAGCAAAAGCUUUAGCAAAAUCAGAUGAGAGUUCAUCCUCUGGUGAUCCAGUAAAACAUGAUCUUUUUAGUGAUAUUGAUAUUUUGAGAUUACUUUUACCAGCUCUAUGCCAUUUAACUGUAGAUGAAGAUGCAAGAAAAAUACUGCUGAAACACAAACAGGAUGAGGUAUUGUUUGAGUGUUUGUCUUAUCACUGGUCUAUUGUUCAUUACAAAAAGCCACCUGUACCUAAAGCUGAGAGGUUGAAGGCACUCAAAGAGCCUCCAAAAGAAUUAGAACCUCACGUUUUAGAAGAAAUGCAAGAUUCUAGAACUGCAAUGAUAUCCAUCUGUAAUAUCUUGAUGAAUAUUACUGUACUCGAGGCAAAGUUGGUUGAGGAAUCUCAAACAUUUGUAAACUUACUCAAGUUUAUUUUUGAAAGUUUGCCUGAACUCAAGCAGAUCCCUGAAAAUCUUGUUUUACAUGGCAAUUUAGCUGUUCUUGGACUUUUGUUAUUGAAACAGCAAGCUAAGCGUAUUAAAAAAAAUGAUUUUUCAAUAUGUCGUUACAUCCAAGCUACUAUAAGAUUCUUAUGGGAUGCUUACAUUGUUGAUGAAAGCAAUGAUCCAACAGAAUUGGUUGUAAACAUAUCUUAUAAAGAACACUGGAUGGAAAUUAUGGAAUUGUGGUUCUUAGGAAUGCAAACUAUGGCUGCUGUUCUGGAUAUGGUACCUUGGUUCUCAGAAUUUGCAAUUGAAUCUGGAUGGGCUGAUGGCAUUGUAGAUACUUUGAAGAAAGUUAAGAUUGGAGGGUUGCAGCCAAAUAUCAAGUCAGCAUUUGAAGACUUGUUGUGCCACCUUGUCAAGGCAGAUAAAAGCGUAGCUGCAGUACUCAAGAAAGCAGGUGCACUGACCGUUUGCAGAAACCAUCGUAUGAUGGAAUUAGGAAAACAUCUUUUUGGAGACUAAAGCAAUUUAUGUUUUGUAACGUCAUCUUGUACAGCAUAAAUACUGUCAUUUCAUUUCACUUCAUUAAGCUAAUAAGAGUGUGUUUUUGAUAUUAUUGAAAUCAGUUAAGAAUGCCAAAUACUAAAUAUAAUUUUAACUUUACACUUAAAAAUUUGUAUAAAAGAUCAGUCCAAUUCGAUCUACGAUUUUUGUUACUAUUGCAGCAUUAUAUGGAGAUAAAAUUAGCAUCAUGGAUAAACAUGUUUUUCUAAAACAUUAAGAAAAAUAUGUUUUUGUUUACAAAAUAGAUUUCAAAAUAAUGCUUUUUUUCAUUAGAGUUUUAGAGUCUUACAGUAGAUGAUGACUUGAAUAUUAUGUAAAAAAUUAAAAAUUGAUGUGAUGAGUAACAAAAAUAUCUAUAUCUAUAAUAGUUUGUAUUUAUGAAACUUGUGGCUCUCAUCUCUAUUAAGAAACAUGACAUUUGAAAAUAGUAUCUGAUAGCCAACAAACUCAAUAUUAUAUUUUUCCUAACAUAUCUUGUUAAUAUUUUGUCAACAAUGCGCAAAUAACAAUAAUUAGUGCUGGCAUUUUUUAUUUUUACAAUGGUAUUUCUGCUAUUCUUUUUUAAUUUUUUUAUACUUGCUGGCGUCAUUUGUGAUAAAAAAAUGUAGAACUUUCAUUAGUAUAAAUUUAUGAACAAAACUUCAGUGUAAAGCAAAAAUCUUAGUUCGAUGUUAAUUAUAUAUUCAUGUUUAUCAACUGUUGCAAGCAUUUGUAUUGAAAAAGAUUUUUAAUUAAAGAUACAUAAUUUCAUAAAAUUGUUUAUAUUUAUUCUUUAUACAAACCACCUUCACCUUCAGUAAUCCUGUUAUUAAAAUUGUGAGACCAAACUUGUAAAAAGUUUUGACAUAAUUGUUGAAAAGUUGAAUUUGAAAAUCAAAGAUAUUUUUAAUAAAUUUGAUUAAUUCAAAUUAAAAUUAACGCAAAAGAAACGCGUUAUCUUUUAUACAAUAAUGUUAUUAUCAUAUUUAUUAAUAUUGUAAAUAAUAUUUUUCAUAAAAGGUCUCAUGAAAUUGAUUGUACGAAGUCUUUUUACCUACUUCUAAUCAUGCAAAACAACAACUGGAGAAAUCUUGUAAACGAAAAAAACAUUUUUCCAGUAAGUCUGUUGUCGGCACAACUCAUUUUGUU